AUGGACUCCUUUUCUGAGCCAGCCAACACCGCCCAGUCCCCACCCUUGCCCUCCAUCCUCGACAACAUCCGUGCGCUCGAGGAGCAGCACCACGCCAAAGGGAUCCCACUCUCCGGGCGGGUCAUCCAUGUCUGCCACUAUCUGCCCGUUACGUGCUCGCUCAAUGUGCCCUCUGCCCCGAGCACCUCGAUCCAGUCCGUCCCUGGGCUGCUCAGCCCGCCCAGCACCCCGCCUGUCGACGCCAAGAAGGACGGCGAGGACGCCCCUCCGAGCCCCGUUGACAUCACCGACGGGGCAGCGCAGGAGCAAGGCACGCCGGCGAACAAGAGCAAGUGGAAUCUCGGCGUCAGGUAUGGGCACGCCGCAAUGAUCUCGGGCAUCCGCUCGCUCUCUGCGACGCAUGAGCAGCUCCUGAUUGGCUGGACGGGCGACAUCUACGCGUCCCCGCCAUCGUUCUCGGCCACCUCGUCCCCGUCCAACCCGGAGGGCUCCAAGCUGCCUAGCAAGGAUCUCGCCGAGGAGGACAAGAAGGCGUUGGAGGAGGCGAUUGGCAACUAUGAAGAUACGGAGCACGAGGUGAAGGGCAAAGGCCUCAAGCUCGUCCCUGUCUGGCUCGACGAUAAGCUCGCGCAUGGACAUUACGACGGGUAUUGCAAGCAGACCCUCUGGCCCCUCUUCCAUUAUCUGCUCUGGCAAGAUGUAGCUACCGAGUACGCCUCGGCUGACCGCCACUGGCCCGCGUACGAGCAGGUUAAUAAUAUCUUUGCCGAGAAACUCAAAGAGGUGUACCGUCCCGGAGACCUCGUCUGGGUACACGAUUACCAUCUCCUGCUGCUCCCUCGAAUGAUCCGCCAAUUGCUCCCCGAGGCCUACGUCGGCCUGUUUGUGCACACGCCUUUCCCGAGCUCGGAAGUGUUCAGAUGCUUGCCUCGUCGCAACGAGAUUUUGGACGGCAUGCUCGGCGCGAACCUCGUCUGCUUCCAGACGUAUUCGUAUUCCCGCCAUUUCACGAGCAGCUGCGUGAGGGUGUGUGGGUACGAGAUUGCUGCCGGUGCUAAGGGUAUCGAUGUCCAGGGUCAUGUCACCGGAGUAAGGCACUGCCCGGUCGGCGUAGACGCCGAAAGAGUUGGGAAAGACAUACUGCGGCCCGGGAUCCAGCCCAAGCUAGAGGCGCUCCGGGCGCUGUACCAGGGCAAGAAGAUCAUCGUGGGCCGGGACAAGCUGGACGUUGUGAAGGGUGUCGUGCAGAAGCUGCGCGCGUUCGAGAAGCUGCUGCACGACUACCCCGAGUGGAUUGGGAACGUGGUGCUGAUCCAGGUGACGAGCCCCGCGCUGACGGACUCGCCGAAGCUGGAGCGGCAGGUGAGCGAGAUUGUGAGCCAUAUUAAUGGGGAGUACGGGAGUCUGGACUUUAUCCCUGUGCAUCACUACCAUCAGACGAUCAAGAAGGACGAGUUCUACGCGCUUCUGAGUGUCGCGGAUUUAGGUGUCAUCACGCCCCUGCGCGAUGGGAUGAACACCACGAGCAUGGAGUUUGUGAUUGCGCAGGAGAAGACGAAGCGGAGCCCGUUGGUGUUGAGCGAGUUUAUGGGGAUUAGCAAUAAUAUGGGCGAGGCGAUGUUGACGAAUCCGUGGAACCUCGGGGAGGUUGCAGCUGCGAUGCACCGCGGGCUGCUUAUGUCCGAGGAGGAGAAGGCACGGAGACACGCGAGCCUGUUCAAGCAGGUCACGACGCACACGAGCCAUACGUGGGCUGCGACGCUGACGCAGAUGCUCCUCGAGCGGGUCGGUGCGGCGGGGAUGGCGCGCCAGACGCCUAGGCUGCCACUGGAGCUCAUGGAGCAGUGGUACAAGAAGGCCGGGAAGAGACUCUUCUUGUUCGAUUACGACGGCACGCUCACGCCGAUCGUGAAGACGCCCUCGAUGGCGGUCCCGUCCGAGGCGACGCUGGAGGCGCUCGAGAAGCUGACGGCGGAUCCGAAGAACGUUGUGUACAUCAUCUCGGGGCGUGACCAGGCCUUCCUGGAGCAGCACCUAGGUCACUUCCCGAAACUCGGGAUGAGCGCGGAGCACGGCGGGUUCAUGCGAGAGCCGGGCGAGACUAAGUGGACGAACUUCACCGAGAGCCUGGAUAUGAGCUGGAUGAACGAGGUGCACGAGAUCUUUGAGUUCUACACCGAGCGUACGACGGGCAGCCAUAUUGAGGUCAAGAAGAGCUCGAUUACUUGGCACUACCGCUCGAGUGAUCCCGAGUGGGGCGCGUUCCAGUGCCGACAAUGCCAGGACCUGCUCGAGAACAACCUGGUGCACAAGAGGCCCAUUGAGGUCUUGGUAGGCAAGAAGAACCUGGAGGUUCGCCCCAUUGCGGUCAACAAGGGUGAAAUCGUGAAGCGUAUAUUGUACCUGAACCCGGACGCCGAGUUCGUCUUCUGCGCCGGCGACGACAAGACCGACGAAGACAUGUUCCGCGCACUCUUGUUCCCGACUGGCGGCGAGAAGCUGAGCAUGGAAGCUCCGCUGUCUGUCACCCUCGCGUUGAAGGACCAGUCCACGAAGCCUCCUCCUGUCGAUCUUGCCCUUGACCAUGAAGCCAUCUUCACGACUGCCGUCGGCCACAGCACCAAAAAGACCCUCGCGAGCUGGCACGUCACCGCGCCCGAGGAGGUGGUCGAGAGCAUGCUCAACAUCGUCAAUGACACCAAGGCAAAUCUAUGA